AUGUUGCAUGAGCGCCGGCCCAGUCGCGGCACCACCUGCGCAGCCCGCAAAAAUGAAGAUGAUGAUGAUGAUGAUGAUGAUGAUGACGAGUGUUUUUCAGCGCAGAAAAUACUUCCUACCUCACAAGACAAAUUAAUGCUAGUGAAUGAUUCACUACAGCAAGCGUGCCUGGUACAUUUGCUGCCAAUAUUCAUGACUACUCAUUAUGGUCAAUAUAGCCCACCAGAUAUUUGUAAAAAAGGGCAAUCACUAAAUGGAACAAAAAAGUAA